AGAACCAAAUUAAUCACAAGAGCUUAAGUUGUGCACGGAAUCCGUGCCCUUCUCUCUUUCUUUCUCUCUAUUCUAUUCUUCUCCCUCUCUUAGGUUCUGGGAAUCCAAAUUCGAAACCCUAGAAGUUCAGCUUCCAGAACCUGACAAUUCCCCUAACGGAACCCUAGAUUUUCUCAGCAUCCUGAUCAAAUUACUCACCCAAUCGAGUUCACAUCCUCUAAUCCACGCCCCGAAUUUCCCAUUCCCAGUUCGUCUCCAAACCCUCGAUCGGCGUGAGUUUCCGAACAAUUCGAUAAAUUUAGCUACCGUGGCUCUCGCGCAUGGGUAAGAUUCUCCGAGAAACCGGGAAACCGUCCUCCAGUACUGCUUCGCCGUCAUCGUCUUCAGCUCCGGCAACGACGUCGUCUACGUCCGUGACCGAAACAGUUAGGGGGUCUCAUCAUUUCAAGAUCACGGGGUAUUCUCUCUCAAAGGGGAUUGGGAUUGGGAAAUACGUGGCCUCGGAUACGUUCUCGGUUGGUGGAUACGAUUGGGCGAUCUACUUUUACCCUGAUGGAAAGAGCGUUGAGGACAAUGCCACCUACGUUUCUCUCUUCAUCGCUCUCGCCAGCGACGGCACAGACGUUAGGGCGCUCUUUGAGCUGACCCUUUUGGAUCAGAGCGGGAAGGAGAGGCACAAGGUCCAUAGCCAUUUCGAGAGGACGCUCGAAAGCGGGCCGUACACGUUGAAGUACCGGGGUAGCAUGUGGGGUUACAAACGAUUCUUUAAGAGAACGGCUCUAGAAACAUCUGACUACCUUAAAGAUGAUUGCCUAUCUGUGAAUUGUAGUGUUGGUGUGGUGAGAUCACACACAGAAGGCCCUAGAAUCUAUUCUAUAGGAAUUCCUCCAUCUAACAUUGGUGAGCAAUUUGGUCAACUACUGGAAAGCGGAAGAGGAACUGAUGUGAGUUUUGAAGUGAAUGGAGAAAUUUUUGCGGCCCAUAAAUUGGUACUAGCUGCACGAUCACCCGUUUUCAGAGCCCAACUUUUUGGUCCUAUGAAAGAUCAGAAUACUGAUUGUAUAAAAGUUGAAGAUAUGGAGGCUCCAGUCUUUAAGGCAUCACUUCAUUAUAUGUACUGGGACACACUACCUGAUUUGCAUGAGCUAACUGGACUGAACACAAAAUGGGCAACCACCUUGAUGGCUCAACAUCUGCUAGCGGCAGCUGAUCGGUAUGCCUUAGAGAGGCUUAGGCUGAUGUGUGAAGCAAGUCUCUGUGAAGAUGUUGCAAUAAACACUGUGGCUACGACUUUAGCUUUAGCAGAGCAGCAUCAUUGUUUUCAGCUGAAAGCAGUCUGUCUUAAGUUUAUUGCAACCUCCGAAAACCUCAGAGCCGUGAUGCAAACUGAUGGGUUUGACUACUUGAAGGAAAGUUGCCCUUCUGUACUGACAGAGCUACUGGAGUAUGUGGCUAGAUUCACUGAGCAUUCGGACUUGAUGUUCAAGCACAGGAAUGAUGUACUCCUUGAUGGCAGCGACAUAAAUGGGAGGCGGGUGAAGCAAAGGCUUUAUAAUAACUAAGUCUGUGUACACUGUACUCAACUCGAAUUGCUCUCUGUAGAGUCUUCUUUCACUCUCCCUUUUUUAAAAAGGAUAGCGAGAUAAGCUUUAUAGGAUUUAGAGUCAAUUUUUAAUUCUUAGCUUAUUCAUGUGUAUGAGACGUAAAUGUAAUGUAAUCUGUGAUAGUGUUGUACUAUCAAUGCUCCGUUUGAUUGUGUAGUCUUCUGUAAUGCCUUCAAGUUCGUUUUCGUUUUCGUUGAAAGAAACGUGUCUGAAAGUAGUGAUCACUGAUCAGUCAGCGUCUGUUCAGAGUUCAUGCAUUCUUUUACUGUUGUCAUCUUAGAGACGUUAGAAAGGUAUCCUCUGACGAAAUUCUCCCUA